CACACACAUACACACGCACACACACACACACACACGCAACACCUUGGGGAAUUCCCGUUUGUUUUGACACGUGCUUGUGCCUGAAUAAUGACCGGUAAACCUUGACGAAUCACGAUGUGAACUUUUUUGGCACGAUGAUGAAAUACCGACUCCUGACAAAUGCCCCACCCUAUUCCAUUCAACACACGUGUGCGCGCGCAGCCAGAUGUUUAUUGACUAUAGUUGACAGAAGAAAAAAAUAAGCGGCUUUUUCUAAUGCGCAAAUAAGGGUUUCAUCAUCUCCGCUGUGCUACUUUUUGCCCGCCGUAUGAGGUUCAGAGUGUGAGAAGUGUGUACACUCAAAAAAACGAUUCAAGCCCUUCUUAGAGGUGACACAUUCAACUCAAAAUAAAUGUGUUUCAUUGAGAACUACUCUUUGCGCAUGCGCCAGUUGAAAAUCAGUUGUUUAUAUGAGGUGAAGACACUUUCAGGAUUGUACGGUGGUGUAGUGGCUAGCACUGUCGCUUCAAAGCCAGAGGUCCGUGGGUUCAAUUCCCUGUCGGGGUGUUCCUUCUGUGUGGAGUUUGCAUAUUUUGUUCGUUAGUUAGUUUAUAUUUUGAGUUGGACAAACACAAAUUAAUUUAAUUUAAUGAAUAUCGUUAUUUUAUUUUAGAUGUAUUUGAUACAAAUGAGUUGGACUAACUUAAUUACAUUUUAUUGCACUGAUGUGCUAAAUUUGAGUUGGGGUUGCAUAUAAUUAUUGGAUGGAAAACCUGCCAACAAUUUAAUUGAGUUCAUCCAAUGAGUCAUUUCUUUGAGUGUAUCGAUGCCGCAGGAUGCGCAUGUUCUCUCCCUUUCGUUUUCCAUCGCGCAGGCUGAGGUUGAAUUGCGCAACGUCAAGGGAGAGCCGUGGAAAGUUUGCACGUCUUCCACUUCUCGCGGGGGCGUGCGUGAGACUGCGAGAGGGGAAUCCACGACUUCCGCGUUGUUUUUCCUCGGUGCCUGAAACUUUGUUGCUAAAGUCCAGUGGACUAUAAAAACGCCAUCAUGGUGCUCAUCGUGACAUUCACAUUAGGACGCGCACUGGGCUGUGUGAGAACUAAGAGCUCGACUUUCUCUGAGCAGGUUUACCGCAGAUCACCUGGAGUUGAAGCUUUAGAAACAUCUGGACGGCAUGCACAGUUUCCCUGAAGCUCAGGACUGCCACUUGAUGGGGCACCACAAUAAACAAAUGGACGUGGAGUCUCUCCGGAGGAGCGGCCGCCGUCGUGGACGCUGCCUGGACGCGUGCCUCGUCCUGUCUGUCAUGGUUCUGUUCGUGGCGGUGACAGCUGGAGCUGCGGGGGGAGUGAUGGUUGUGAUGGAGCUGCGGUCCAAACUGGAGCGUCCGUCCUUUGUGAUGGAGGCGUCAAAGCUGUCAGGAGACGUACCUGAGCACACGUACAAGAUGCAGAACUUUGUGUACCUGGAAGCCGCCUCAAGCGAGUUGAGGACCUCCACCAUGCGCUGGGCUCCGGUCCUCUUUGCUGCUCACAGUUCUGUGGGGAGCAACUACGUGUUCGACGCCGAGCAGCACUCGCUGAAGGCGGAGCGGGCGGGGACCUACUUCAUGUACAUCGACCUGAACCUCACGUGCACCUACCGCUGCAGCGCCGGCCUGCUCAGCGUGCGCGUGAGCGAUCAGCUCACCUGCGAGGUGCAACUUCCGGAAGUGACCGAUUCCACACCUGUGAGCAGGAAGUGCUGGACAGUGAGCCGGCUGGAGGGACACAAGCUGCUCACUCAGAUGACCGUACCCAAGGAGGGGCUGGAGAACUGGAGACUGGAGCUGAGCGGCUCAGGAUUUGGGAUGUUCCUCGUGGACUGAUGUGCACACACGUCGCUGUCAGGAAGUUACAGAUGUGCCCGUUGACCUCCGGGGUCGUAACUUAAGAACAACGCCAGUUUGAGUUUUCUUAAAGUCCAAGUAGAGGAAGCUGGACGGGGGGCCAAUGCUGUAUUGCAUUUAUGACAAUGCUAAUAUUAACAGCAUGUGGAAAAUCCACUCACCAUAUCAUGUACAGUAUGUUACUGUGUAUAUUUUAUAUUUAUUUAAUAAUAUAUAACUAUUUAUGUACAGUACCUAUGUAUGUAUAUGUUUAUUUAUUGACAUUUAUUUUGAUGUAGAUAUCACUUCAUUAAUGUUGAUGUGCAAUACAUACAGCAAGUUUAUUCAGCCUACAUUCAGUCAAAUGUGAUUUUAUAGUCCCUUUUUACAUUUUAUAAAUGGAUCGGGGCAUAAAGACAAAAGGCUUACAAAAAUGAUUCUGCUACAAAACUCCAACAGGCUCCUCACAGGCCUCAUUUAGAUCUUGUGUAGUUGAAGUGAAGUCAUUUAAACUCAAUGAUGAGUAAUGCUCUGCACUUACAAUAACUUUUACAGAAACACGGUCCCAUGGAAAAUAUCCUUCUUUAAUUGUGACUAAUAUAUAUUUAAUAUGUGGACACAUGAAUUGAAUAAAAGUUGUGUAUUUGACAGAUAUGUAAGUCCUAUGGACUAAUUACACA